UCAGUUCAAGCUCAUUCCAGAUUAAACUAGAAGAGGGAGUUCAUCAAAGAUGUAUACUGGGGCCAUAAGGAUAUUCGCUAUACUCUUCGCCGUAGUACUGCCUAGCUUCGCCGAGAUAUUCAGAGAUGAAACCGAUUGUCAAGACUUAAAAUCCUGUAACUCGUGUCUAUCACAAGGAUCGUGCGUGUGGUGUGUUAACAAGGCCAUAUGUACUACGGACUCAUGUGGGAACGAUAAUGUUAUAUAUUCAGCCCACGUCAGAGCCCUCAUGGCAGGUACACAGUUCUGUCCAAGGGUCGUGGUGCCGGAGAACAAAUUGAUAGUUCAAAGUGGGAAAGAAGAACGGAUAGUUGUGAAAAUAACGCAGAUUUAUAUGUACAUGGCGUUUACGCCGUGGAAGUGCAAGAUCUCUCAGGAUGGGAAGGAAGCUAUUAUAAACGCGACACUUAUCGCUGAUGAAGUGUUCUGUGAGCCGGUGGUAUUGUACAGUUAUUCCCGUCCGUACGCAGAUGCAGGUGUGUCUGUUCUUUGGGAACAUAGUAAGGCUUUUGAUGGAGCGCUGCCGUUGAUAAUAUGCCGCUGCGAUAUGGAUCCUAACUGCCCGGCGUGCAAGAAAGAACUUUAGGUGAAAUAAGUUUGUAUUAUUAAAUAUAAUUUUAAUAUUUA